AAUAACAGGGAGCUGCAGAGCACGAACACAAAAAAUAGAUUUUAAAAGACAAAAUAAUUAGACGUCCGUUCAUUGCGGGUGAAAUAGAUGAAUGAGACUAAGAACUUCAACCGGAGCAAAGCCGUCCAGCGAAAUUCCCGAUUAGACACGCGGCUGAUGAUUACUAGCUAGUCAAUGGGGCUGUUUGACAAGCUGGUCGGAUGGCUGGGGUUGAAGAAGGAGGUCAAUGUACUCUGUCUCGGUCUGGACAACAGCGGGAAAACCACCAUCAUCAACAAACUCAAACCUUCUAAUGCUCAGGUUCAAGACAUCGUUCCAACAAUUGGCUUCAAUAUAGAGAAGUUUAAAACAUCCAGCCUUUCUUUCACAGUCUUUGACAUGUCCGGUCAAGGCCGAUACAGAAAUCUUUGGGAACACUAUUACAAGGAAGGCCAGGCUAUCAUAUUUGUCAUUGAUAGUGCAGACAAACUGAGGAUGGUGGUGGCUAAAGAGGAGCUGGACACAUUACUAAAUCAUCCUGACAUCAAACACAGGAGGAUACCCAUAUUGUUUUUUGCUAACAAGAUGGACGUCAGGGACGCUCUGUCUUCUGUCAAGGUCUCACAACUUCUCUGCUUGGACAACAUUAAAGACAAACCUUGGCACAUCUGCGCCACCGAUGCUCUGAAGGGAGAAGGUUUACAGGAGGGUGUCGACUGGUUACAAGAUCAAAUCAAGCAAAUGAGAACAUGAGAGCAUGAGGAGGACCUGCAGCAUUUCCAUCCAAAUAUUGGCUUUUUUGUUGAAAGAGGCUUUUAUUUUGUUACCAAAGUUUCCGUUUACAUUGUUCUGAUUGUAUUUAAUAUGAGGCAUCCUUGUUAUCUGUAGCUGCUUUCAGUAAAGUCAGUGUUAGUUGCACUUUUUUUGUUUCAAAUUAGUUUGAAUGUGCUAUAAAAGGAAACCUUUGGCUUUUUGUGAAGCCACAGAUCUUUUUUUUUCUUUAAAUAACAGUUAGUUUACAAUGUAUUUAGACAUUUUCUCAAUUGGAUUUUGAAGCACAGAGCAGUGAAAUGAUUCACUUUUCAAUUUAAAAGCUGUGCAGCUGAUAUCACUGUAAAGAUUCUUCGCCAGUCAUGCUUUUAUUAGGCCAUGGAUAGAGUCAGUAUUAUUUGAAAUGUGGGUAGUUUGUUUCUUUUUGUUGUUUUCUUUUUCUUUCUUUUUUUUUUACAAACUUCAUUCCAGUAAAUUGUGUUUUGGCAUCAAUUAUGACAUUUCAUUCUUUCUGGAUCUCACUCCUCAGCUUUACUGUAGUCAUAGCUGCAGUAAUAACUGACUCAAGUCAGAGAUAGCUACAUUUUAUAUACUUGUAAGUGUUUUUAAUGUAUUUUAAUUGCUUAUUUUGCUGUAAAAAUGGGCAAUAUUUGUUUCUAUGUUAGUUUGUGAAUAAAAACUUCUCUCAUUG